CCGGGGAACUACUCCGUCCGCGAUUUAUAUAGGCCACUUAAAACGAGAAAACGGAAUAAACUUUGUUCGGUAAUAUGAAAAGAAAUAAAAGCCACGAAACGGUUGAAGGGAAGAAAAAUAAGAUUAUCAUGCGAAUUUUGGCUUACUUUCUUCGGUGCUGCUCUUCGGAUGGAGUACUUCGAUGGUUUGGAUGAGGAAGCCAACCGGACCAGAGAGUCUUGGCGUGGAGACUAUCACUGACUCUACUUUUUAAACGCGACGUCCCGAUCACGGGAACGAAACAAUGCUCAAACGUAAUGCUGAAUGUUCAAAGACCAAAAGACGCGCUCUGGCCAAAUUGUUCCCUUUAUAUACGGCUAAAAGAGCUUAGGUGGGGGUUAUUCUGUUCUGAGAAAAGAAGGAAAUAAGAAAAAUGUGUUUCUAAUGAAGCAGCGUUUGUUGCUUCUGAAAUUACCGUGGUAUCUGAUGGAUUUAUGAUUUUGUUUUCAAGAAUUAAAGUGCGGCACUUGUGAUGACCCCUACUUCGACCCUACAUAUAACAAUCCACGUUUACGUUUCCUUUAGUCUAAAUCUAUUUAUAUCGCGUAUCUGGUUCGCGGCUGCCCAUGUACGGCAGAAUUUCUCAGUAUUUAGAUUCGGUGAAUUACUUUAUUGCCGUCAGCGGAUAACGACUCCCAAAUGCCGCUCCGCUUUUCCAGAUCUGGAGCGGGCUUCCCUAAGUGAUUUUAGCCAUUAACUCCGAAUAUAUUUAGCCUAUCGAGUGUUUCGACUGAGCGCAGGCGAGGAUUGAAAAGUUUGUGAGUUGUAUAUCUGUUUGAGACUCGACCAAUGAUUUAAUAAAUUCAAUUUAGUUCGAGUUAUAGUUCGGAUACAGAUUUCGCUUGAUCGAAAUUCGUGAGAGCGAGCCUCGGAUAACAUGUUUGUCAUAGAAUCGCGGAUAAAUAUUUUCAUCGUCUUUCGUCGAGAUCAGUUAGAAACGGUUCCAUCAUUCCAUAUAUGGACAUUUCGCCGAUCGAGAGCCAUUUGAAAGGCUUUGUUCAGUCCGUUCCGGAGACAAAUAGCCGCUGUGUUGAUCACUUAUUUCGAGAAUACGACCAGAAUCUGAUCAGUCGUCAAAUAGUCAAGUCGACUCGUUCCGGUAUAUUCAGUUGUUCAAUUCGACGCUCGUUCUCGCAUUCGGUCGACCGCUAGUCCGUUGAGCUGUUUCCACGUUCGAGUUCUCAACUCGCUGGUAAUUUCGGGUUGCGUGAACUUCGAUUCCGGCCUCGUACAUCUCAUUUUUGUUGUUAAUUCUUUUUAUUGUGCGUAACGAACGGUCCGAGAGCUAUUAACAGCAUUAUACGCGUCAAGAUCUCCGCCUGAUGCUUUUCAGAGACUCUUCGCGGCAAGAUUUCCGCCUGACAUAGGUCAGAGGCUUUCCACGGCAACAUCAUCACCGGACAAGUGCAGCGAGACGCACGAGUUAGAAGACCACGACGCCGCGUAAAUAUUGUCAUCGCGUCAGCUCUCGGCCGUGACCCAAUUUCUUCGGUGAAAUACACGUGAUUUCGAAGAAACUGAUUGAUUCCUGGCUUUCGCUGUCCUCUUCUCCCUGUUCACUCCCGCUCGAGGUUACACAGAACCUCGAGUGCACGGAAUUUCGCGCUCAGCGCGGAGCGAUCUACACACGGGCUAUUCGCUGAAUAGUUCACAACUUAAACCGUACAAUAUUAUUUUGUGACAUUUUGCUAAGACCACUUGCCCCUUCUUUCGUCCGGUCGUACUUUUCGUUGGUGGGGAUUGAUUCUUAAUUGUUACUUUUCUCUAUUUCUAAAUUUAAUAUUUCCUGUGGAAGCGAGGAACCGUGGAGUCUCCUGGACGUAACAAGCCAAUUAAGUAUUUUUGUCCGAAUUGUCCAUGAUAAUUUCUCAUGUACCGAAGAAUUGUUAGAUUUUAUUCCCAUGCAUAAUACAACGACAGGUGCCGAUAUUUUUAAAGCCGUAGAAGAACCUCUUAAAAACUAUAAUACCGAUUUCUCCAAAUGUUCGGCUAUAGUGACUGACGGUGCAAAAGCAAUGACAGGUACAAAACCUGGAUUGUUCGGUCAAUUAAAGCAGCAGAAUAUCGAAAUUCCUUUUAUUCAUUGCAUCAUUCAUCAAGAGGCGUUAUAUGGAAAAGCUAUUAAACUAAGCGAUACAAUGCAAGCAGUUACAAAAAUUACGAAUUUUAUUAAGGGCGGUAACAAAUUUCUUCUUCAUCGAAAAUUUCAACAGUUUCUCAGAGAACAUAACGCAGCUUAUACUGAUGUGCCCCUACAUUACGCAGUUCGUUGGCUUAGUGCAGGAAAAUGUCUGGACAAAUUUUUUGCAAUAAGAAAAGAAAUUUUCCUUUUCUUGCAAGAACCAUCAGUUCCAAAACAUGAUGAAUUUAAAGAUUUCUUAGAGAAUUUUGAGUCGUUUUCCGAGAUAGAUCACAGACAUAACAAAUCAUCUUAAUACAUUAAAUUUAAAACUGCAAAAAGCCAAGCAAAGUAUUUCCG